UUCCUCUUCCUCCUUGGAACCCUCCUCCUCGUAUUUUUCCCGUCUGUCCACUUCCCAGAAUUCCCCCUCCGGGCCAAGCGGCGGGGGGUGGCCCCCGAUGCCAACUCCCAGGUGGUCGAGCAGACGUUCGUCAUCACUCGUGACGAUCACGGCGACUCUGGCUUGUGCGUCCAGGAGCAGAACCGCAGGGAGCCCGGAGGAGGCCACCGCGCAGUGUUCUACAACACCGUCUUCUCGGUAGUCAGCGGCGGCGCGGCGGAGAGGGCCGGCAUGGACUGCAACCACAUGGGCUCGAUUUCUUUGUCGUCUCAGCUGCCGUAGCUUCUGCGUGGAAUGUCAGAGGAAGCAACAGAUCGAUGCUGAUACCCUUCCCUCGCUUUGGCCUUUGGGGGCCGCCUGGGGGAGGGGAGUUUUGUCGGGUGGAGGGGGCUCGGAAUCCAGGUCAGAACGAACCACGCGAGAGGUUGGGGGAGUAACGGCCUAGGUAUAGGAUUCCCCCAGGGUGGCAGGUUGGCUAGCCAAGAACUAGCUUCUGGAAUUUGGUCAUCGAUGGAAGUCUAGAGAACCCACCUGCAAGGUUGUUUGAGGCAGCUGGCGGUGAUACUUCGGGGCAAUUGGGCGCCAUUCAGGUAGCCACUGUUCCCCUCGAGCUCUGCCUCUGAGUUUCGUUACACGGAGUGUAUUACUCCCUGCGCUGACUGCACUGCAGAAGAGGAUAGGCAGCGCGGAAGAGGAACGGGGAGGAUAAUGCCUUCUGAUUUCUCGUUUCGAGGGAAGGCGCAUUGCGUCCUGGGAAAGGUCCGCGGUGGAGGGCAACUUACUU